AUGAAUUUAACGCCAAAGACGUUUAAAGAGAAACGUUCGUUCGCGCAACGAGUUGCUGAUGUAGAAUUGAUUAAAGAACAACAUCCAAGUAAAAUACCUAUUAUCGUUGAACGAUAUUAUGGGGAAAAGCAGCUACCAGAGCCGGACAAGUCCAAAUUUUUGGUGCCAGAUUACUUAACUGUAGCAGAACUUAUAAAAAUAAUUCGACGUAGGCUACAGCUUCACCCAACACAGGCAUUUUUUCUAUUAGUAAACCAAAGAAGUAUGGCAAGCGGUAGUAUGACUAUGGCACAACUUUAUCAAAGAGAAAAAGAUGAAGAUGGCUUCCUUUACAUAGUAUUUGCUAGUCAAGAAGUAUUUGGGUGUUAA